AUGAACGACCAACUCAACUCUGCUGGUGCUCAGAUCAAUUCUGUAUUAUCCUCUUUUGGCAGGUCUAUGGCUCCUUUGGGGCGAGAUAUUGGCAAGCAAUGGGUGCAGGUGCAGCAGUUUGCCAAGGAGCGCAUGAAUGGUGGUGUUGAUGCUACUGAGCUUCCUUCCGAAUAUCGUUUGCUGGAAGAGAAAGUCGACAAGGUCAAGAUGCUCUAUGAAUCAUUUCUCAAGGUGUCCCGCAACUACACUCUGCCAGCGUAUGACUAUGAGCCUGCGCUCAACGACAAAGUCUUGGACUUUGCAAACACCUUUAGUUCUAAUGCUACAUCCUUGGCCGGACAGCUUUCUGGAGGUCAGUUGGGUGCAGCCCCUGGUGCUCGUCAAACUCCUCAGCCAGAGACACCAACCAGCUUAAGCCAUGCUUUUGCAAAGGCUGCCUAUCAAGGAGCUGAGCUGGUUCAUCCUGAAGAGCCACUCGCUGCUGCUCUGAAAAAGUUUGGUGCAGCAGAAGAGCGUGCUGGUAACAUGCGCAUCAAGCAGGAUCAAGAUGCUACUGCCAAGUUCCACAACCCACUUAUGCAAAAGAUGAAUCUCAAAAUGGCAGAAGCCAUAAAAUCCCGUCGCAAUGUUCAAAGCGUGCGUCUUAUCUAUGAUGCUUGUCGUGCAAGACUCAAGACUGCCGCCCCUGAAAAGGCAGAGGCACUUCGAACUGAGAUGGAAAAGGCAGAAGAUGAGUUUGUUAUUGCUGUUGAUGACUCUAUGGGCAAAAUGAAACUUGUUGUUGAAAACAGCGAUCUGUUGCGCUCACUUGCCGAUCUUGUUGCCAUUCAACUGCAGUACCAUAAGAGUGUUUACGAGGUUUUGGCUGAAGUGAGUCCAGAGAUUGACGAGCUUGUUGUCACCAACGAAGCUAUUUAUACUGCCGCUGCUCAGCAUUAAGCUUCAAUCUAUUUUUUGAAUUCGAAUUAAGCAGAAUUGUUUUUGUCGCAAUU